AGCUCGAGUGCUGUUGACUCAGGGUGUGUGAUUCUUCCGGAGAAUGAAUCUCGCGAUUUGAACCAAGUAUUUUUUGCCUUGCCUUUUAAUAAGUGGAUCCCCCUCUUCCUGUGGUUAUUGCUCAAUCUAUGAUUUCGACAAUUCCGUUCAUCAUCAAGGAACUGAAAGUAGUGGGAGAUGCACCGAGAUAACUGUGGAUACGUGGAACCGACACUCCCGAGAAAAAGAAAUAUGUAACCAAGCACUGGGAACUGCACCUGAAAUUAAAGAACCAGGAUUUUCUUUUACUUUUCGGAUUGUACUUUUGUGUGUGACAUUUCUUUUGGACAUAGGCUACUCACCUGAACUCUAUAAACAUGAGCGAGGAAACAGCAGAAUUGCCAAAAGAACUGUUGGAAAGCAUAAAGGAUGCCGUGAGCAGGAAGAUCAAGCUUUCCGUGAGGAAGAGAGUGAAAUUGGAGGUCAAGGGUGACAAGUUGGAAAAUAAAGUGCUGGCCCUGGCCUCCCAUCGGGCCUACCUGCUGACCGCUCGAAUCCCUGCAAAGGUGGAACAUAGUUUCAAUUAUCUGGAGAUAAAUGGAAUCACCUGCAGUAAACCCAACCAGCUGGUGGUGGAGCAUGACAGGGGCCUGCUGUCCAUGAAGCUGGGCUCCGCUGAGGAUGUGGACGAGGUGGUGGGCCACAUAGGCGGCUGUCAGCAGAGGAUCUGCCCCGGCCUGCCCGCUCUGAAGGUGAUGAAGAAGCUGGUAAUGGAACCUCCGGAGCGGCUUUCCAACCUGCAGGCGCUAUGGGAGAGCCAGAAUGUUCCAGAACCAGGGCCGUGCGGUGGCUUCUCGCAUACGUACAUGUGUGUCUGUGACUGGCUGGGAUUGCCCUACCGGGAAGAAGUGCAAUGGGAUGUGGAUACAAUCUAUUUAACCCAUGACACCCGGGAAUUAAACCUACAGGAUUUUAUUCAUCUUGAAAACAGGGAUUUAGUGGCCAUCAUUGCUGUUCUGGAACUUAACCAGUGGUUCACAAAGCUCUCCGCCAAGGAUUGCAAACUGUCUGCAGAUGUGUGCGACCAGAUUCUGCGAGUGGUGUCCCGGUCCACUCGACUAGAGGAGCUGGUUUUGGACAAUGCUGGACUGAAAGCCGAUUUUGCACAGAAGCUGGCCAAUGCUCUCGCCAUCAAUCCUAGCUCAGGACUUCACACCAUCAGCCUCGCAAACAACUCCCUGGAAGACAGAGGCAUGUACUCUCUAAGCGUGCAGUUUGCCAAACUGCGAAAUGGGCUCAAGCAUUUGAAUCUCUCCAAAACCUCAUUAUCACCCAAAGGGGUGAACGUUCUUGCCCAGUCCCUGAGUGCCAACCAGCCCAUGCUCAGCACGCUCACACACCUGGACCUGUCGGGGAACGGUCUUCGAGGGGACGACCUCCCGAAUCUCUACAAUUUCCUGGGCCAACCCAACAACCUGACCACCCUGGACCUGUCCAACACUGACUGUUCUCUGGACCUGGUAUGUGCUGCACUCCUGCGGGGAUCAGUCGAGCAUCUGGCUGUUUUCAACGUGUCAAAGGGCGUCGUCUCUCACAGGAAAGGCAAAGAAGUCCCGCCCUCCUUCAAGAGUUUCUUCAGCAGUGCCACGGCCCUCCGGAGCAUCACUCUGUCUGGAACCAAGCUGCCUCCAGAAGCGCUCAAAGCGCUUUUGCUUGGCCUGGCGUGCAAUCCUAAUCUAAAGGAAGUCUCCUUGGAUCUUAGUGGCUGUGAGCUGCGGUCUGCUGGCUCUCAGAUCUUGGAGGGCUGUGUAGCGGAGAUCCCCAACAUCUCCAGUCUGGAUAUAUCUGACAACGGCUUGGACUCUGACCUGACCACGCUUCUGGUGUGGCUGGCCAAAAACAGAUCCAUCCGCCAUCUCUCGCUGGGGAAGAACUUCAACAACAUCAAAUCAAAGAAUCUCGCACCUGUCCUGGAUAACCUGGUGCACAUGAUACAGGAAGAGGAAUCGCCCCUGACGUCCCUUUCGUUGGCCGACUCCAAGCUGAAGACUGACAUGGCCAUCGUCCUCAACGCCCUGGGCAGCAACACCUCCCUGACCAGACUGGACAUCAGUGGCAACGGCAUGGGGGAUAUGGGGGCGAAGAUGCUAGCCAAGGCCCUGCAGAUCAACAGCAAGCUCAGAACGGUCAUUUGGGACAAAAACAACAUCAGCCCACAAGGCCUGCAGGAUGUGGCUGCUGCCCUGGAGAAAAACUUCACCAUCCGGUUCAUGCCCAUCCCCAUCAUUGAUGCCUCCCAGGCGCUGAAGUCCAGCCCGGAGAAGACGGAGGACGCGCUGAUGAAGAUUGAAUCCUACCUAUUCCGGAACCACGAGACUCGCAGAUACCUCCAGGAGCAAGCCUACAGGCUACAGCAGGGCAUCGUCACGACAACGACCCAGCAGGUGAUAGACCGAAUCUGCGUCAAAGUCCAGGACCACCUGAACUCCCUGCGCUACACGGAGACAGACGCCAUUCAGGAGGACAUGAAGGUGGCAGAGAACCUGAUGAAAGACGCCAGGAACUCCAAAACCCUCCUGCGCAACCUGUAUCACCUGGGUUCAUGCUUGCCUGGGGACACGAGCAUUCCAUCUGCCAGCCCCAUCCAGGAGAAACUGGAGUCCAUGGCUGGGGAGGUUACCAGGGUGAUGGACGAGCAGCUGCAGUCUCUGUUGCUGUGCAUGGUGGACGCUGCUGAGGGUCUCUGUCCUCAUGUGAUGAAGAAGGCCAAGCUGCGGCAGGACCUGAUCAAGGCCAGCAGCAGCAGGGUGGUGGUCCCGCGUGGCUUCGUUAAGACCACGCUGCUGGAGCAGUCCGGCGUGGACAUCAUCAACAAGAUCAGUGAAGUGAAGCUCAGUAUGGCUUCUUUUCUCUCUGAUCGUAUUGUCGAUGAGAUUUUGGAGUCCCUCUCCAGCUCCCAGAACACCCUGGCAAACCACCUGGUCCGGAAAGGGCAGCCCCUGCUGCAGCAGGUAUCUGUGGAAUCGGAGGCCCCAGAGGAGAAGGCCCCCAAGCAGGCCAGUCCAGAACAGACAGAGGCAGACAGGCUAGAGGAGCUGGACCACUGCUUGAUGACACCCAAGUCCAAGAGGAAAAGCAUUCACAGCAGAAUGCUGAGGCCGGUUUCUCACGCCUUUGAGAUGGAGUUUGACCUGGAUAAGGCCCUGGAGGAUGUGCCAAUCCACAUCGAGGACCCGCCCCCUGCGCCCAAAAUGGAAAGCAGAACCUCGGUGGUCCUGUGUGAGCUGCCGUCCGAGGAGGUGACCAAACUGCAGCACUUCACCAAGCUCCGACCCAGGAGGGACAAGAGGACGCACCCGAAAAAGACCCCUGUCAGAAGCACCCCGUCGCUGGAGAGCGAACAGAACAGCCUUAUGGGCCGGCUGGAUGAGGGCAUGGACGAUUUCUUCUCAAAGACAGUGACCAAAAUAGGACUGAGGCGACCCACCCUGAAGACCUCAGCCUGCCCGGAGGGAGAGAAGAAGCGCGACUCCCGCAAGAGCGGCUUCCUCAACCUCAUCAAGUCCCGCUCCUCUAAGACUGAGAAGAGCCAUCCGGCGCCACCGGCGGCGGCUGCGACUCCGGCAGUCACGGCAACCGCAGCGCCCGCAGCGUCCGCAGCAACCGCGACGACCACAGCAACACCUGCGACCGCAGCAGCCACCGAGCUGCCCUCCUGCCCCAAGGCGUCGCCCCGAGGCCCCGCCCACGAGCCCAGCCCCGGCCCCAGGGCCCCGCCCCCCGACCGCGGCGGCAGCCCGGAGCGGCCGGCGGAGUCGAAGACGCCCGACCCGGCGGAGGAGCAGCCGGAGCGCGACGGCAGGGCCAGCCCCCAGGGCGGCCCCCGCUACGGGGUGCAGGUCAUGGGCAUGGGCAUCCUGGCAGAGAUGAGGGCCAAGCAGGAGAAGAGGGCAGCUGCCACCCAUAAGACUCCAAACCCCCCAUCCAGCACAGACAAGACGGAUGGAAGCGAAGCAGUUAAAGGGCACUCCGCCCCUCCAGACAGCCGAGCGCCGGGGCCAAUCAGAGGGGAGGGAGGCGUGGCUUCGUCAGAGAAGGCUGCUCGGAACGAGGGCAAGCCGGAGGCCGCUCCCAGGAUGCGCAACCCUCCAUCCAGCCCAAAGCCGUCCCCCCAGGGCUCAAAGCCCUCCCCCACGGCCCGCCCCACCGUGCCACACAAGCCUCGCACCAGCAGCAGCAGGAGCAUAGACGAGGGCCCAGAAUCACCUGGUGGGAAUGUAUCUCCAAAACUGCCACCGCUGCCCCAAGGCCUGAAGAGGGCGCCGUCAGACAAGGAGAACGAGGGGCAGAGCAGCCCUCUCUUUGGGGGGGCUGAGGAAGUGGACCUAUCAGGAGACAGUAGCCCGUUUGACUACGAUCAGGAGACAGGAAGUCCAAAGCCCAGAGCGAGAGUCAGGCCUUCACGCCAGUGCUCUGCCAGCACUGCCUCGGACGCUGACGAGGAAGAGCGCAGGAAGUCCCUCCCCAGACCUGUGAGACCAGCCUCUGUAGCAGAUGUGGCUCCGCACCAGAGCUCCAGGGGCGACAGCCCUGAGGACCACGACCCCCAGACCAAGGAGCCGUCCCCCGAUGGGGACAGGGAGGAGGACCACGGAGGAAAGCCCACAGACUCCGAAGAGGAGCCUGACGAAGAAGACUCUUCAUAAAACGUGAAAAGAGGAAAAAGGAUGGGUCAGUCCUGACUCUGUUUGGAAUAAGUCUACCUGCUAAAUGCACCAUUUGCCUUUUUUCCUUCUCCUCUCCUCUAAGGCCAAAUAAAAGUACUGUGAUUGUUAUUCUUUGUGAGACAGGCAGAGAAACUGUAUGACGUGUGAAGCUUUAAGAAGGCUAAGCUACAUCAUUGCCCAUGAAAUAGAAAUUAGACUGAUUAGAAAUGGUUGCAUUAUGGACAUACUGUAGCAUGUUUUUACUGUGCAUCAGUAAACCUCUCAAAUUGUCUUCCUAUUUUAUUAGUCAACACGAAAUUAAGUAGUAGCUCUAAAUACUUUGCUGCUCACUUAGCCUUUUUCCUUCCAGUGUAAAAAUGCUGUUACCACAGUACCCAUUCCAUCACCAGCCAGUUAGAAACAAGAGAACUACCUCCAGUUGCGGCAUAAAGUGGGAUAGCGUGACCAUCCAUUGUGAUUCUCUGAAAUGAUGUAGCUGUGAGCCAAAUGCAGAGCACUGACCAUACUCCCCCUGCUGGUCACUUUUGUGAACCUCAGUGUUGGGGCUCAAGCAUCUGAAUGCACAAUACAGGACCUUAAUGACCUUGUGAAAAACCUUGUUGGUUUGAGGUGGAGGCCUUUUUGCAGACUCACACUUGCACUGUAUUAUCCUGACAGCUUUGUAACCAUAAUUUAGCAGGUUGGUUUUGAAACUUUUUUUUUGUCAUACUUUUAGCUAUAAAACUAGGGGGGGUCCACAAUAAUGACCAUAGUAUAACCAGGGGGCUGUUUAAAAUUCCUAUCCGCUUUCUCUGAUCCCUGAUUGGAUCAGUCAUGUUGAGGUGCUGUUUAAGACUAUUGUACUGCUUUCUUUUCCCUCAUUCCUCUGCAUAGCUCAAAUCAAAUUGACUGUUAGUCCAACUCCACCCAGUACUGUUGAAUGAAAACGUUUGGCAAAUAGUCUUAAUGAAUGACUAAUAACUGAAACUGUGGUUGUCUUGAGGUAUUUUCCAUACAGUAGGCAAAUUGUUGACAGCAAAAUUUGUCGAUAUGCAUGUGAGGUAUAUGUAUAUAUGUGUAUUCAUACAUCUGUGUGUAUAUUUGCAUGUGUAAUAUACAUAACACAUUUACAAAGAAAUAUUUAUGCAUACACAUAUUGUGUACACAGUCCUUAUAUUGCUAUAAUGCUAAGCACAUUAAUAAAUAAAGGGGUCUUUAUAUUUUUUAUUUAUUAGAUUGAAUAAAUGGGGGCUUGAUUAUGUUUUUUAACUCAUACAAGAGAUUUUUUUAUCUGAAAAAAAAAUGCAUUGAAUUAAUAAAAUUACAAAAUGAUUAACCAUGAGGUUAUUGAGUAGGAAGCACAAGUUGUCAACCCUACAAACAGUGAUGGCUGUUUUACAGAGAAACACUUAAAUGUGUUUUGGUUGUCAGAUUUUUAAAGUAACUAUGUACUGUUGUACUCUUGUGAAAAACUGAAUUCUGUUCAUAUUGCAUUGAGCUACAUUGAGCUACUUUAUUGGUUGUGGAAAUUAUUUGUGUAUAUUUGUACCAAUAAAAAUAUUUUACUGGUUCAAAAA